AUGGACCAACGACAGCUGUGGCAAGAGCUCAGAAGAGAAAUCGAAAAGCAUGUGGCCCGUGUCGACAGGAGUAAUAUAAAGCAUUUAGCUGUCAAUCUUCUUCAGCUAAACUGUGUACGUGGUAGAGGUCUUCUUGCAAGAGCGAUCUUAGCCAACGUCCUCAAUGAGCCUGACAAGCACGCUGUGUACGCUCUGUUGGUGUGUGUGCUCAAUUCCAAGCUACCUCAGAUUGGAGAAGUUGUGGGUGCUCGAACAGUGGCGCUUUGGAAGCAAUUGUACAUGAAGAACGAUAGCACGAAGAUCUUUAGAGUGAUGCUCUUCUUGUGCGAAUUGGUCAAACAGAGAGUGAUGGAGGACGUUGUUGUAUUGCAAAUCUUACAGGUUUUGCUCGAGGAGUCUGUCACGGACGAUUCGAUACACUUGGCCUCGUAUGCGCUAGAAAGCAUGACUCCCUACUUAGAAACACAUUCGAAAGCAUCCGCUAACUUACUAUAUGAUCAGCUCCGACUAAUGCUUCAGGAGGGCAAUCUCAAAGAUAAGCCACGCAGUGAUAUUCAGUAUUUGCUUGAAUAUCGCCGCAGACGUCACCGCUACGUUGUGGAGCCUGAACUCGACUUGAUUGAUGAAGCAGAGAAAACCCCACACUACAUUGACCUUGUAGACCUUCAAGACACAGCCACUAAGCUUAAUUAUUUCGCUGAAGACCCAGAAUUUGACGUUACAGAGGGAACUUAUGCUGAAUUUAGGCGACAGAUUUUUGAAGAAGAUCUGACGAAAGAAGAGCCGCAAGAAAAAGAUGACCAACCACAAAUCAUAAAGGAUAUGACAGACCAAGCGCUCGUGCAACAUCAAAAAACGAUAUACUUGACUGUUAUGUCUAGCAUGUCUGCAGAUGAAGCCGUCCACAAGCUUCUUCGAGUAAGACAGAAACAGAAGCUAGAGCAAGGAGUGUUGGUGGACAUGAUAAUCAAGUGCUGUGCACAGGAGAAGACAUACUCCAAAUAUUUUGGGGUCAUCGGGGAGAAAAUGAGCGGUAUGAGUGACUCUUGGAAUAAGACAUUCACAGAACAAUAUCAACAGAAAUAUGGUACCUGCUAUCAAUACGAGGGAUCCCAGCUACGGAACAUGGGCAAGUUUUUUGGCCACUUGAUAGCCUCAGACAGCUUGCGGCCACAAGACACCUUGGGGUACGUAGAGUUGACAGAAGCAGCAACAAAUAGUGCUAGUCGAGUGUUCAUCAAGUUCCUUUUUCAGGAACUCGUGGAGGAGAUGGGGGUGAACGAGGUGAAGCGCAUGAUUCAGGAUCCCGAAGUCAAACCGGCAUUGCGAGGCAUGUUUCCUGUUGUAGACAUUGACAGCAAUGACUCAGGCCACAUAAUGUUCUCGAUAAACUACUUUACUGCAAUUGGAUUAGGAGUGUUGACGGAGGAAAUGAGACUGGUUCUCAAGAAUUUGCCUGAAGCCCGUGGGCGCCUGAGAAGCAACUCUGCAAGCUCAUACUCAAGCUCAGCAUCAUAUAGUAGAUCUGAGCUGUACUCACGGUCACCGUCAAGGUCACCGUCAAGGUCGCCGUCAAGGUCGCCGUCAAGGUCGCCGUCAAGGUCGCCGUCAAGGACCCCCUCUAGAUCGGGAUCGAGAAGUCCUCUGCGAUAG